AUGUCCAAGAUACAAAACUCAGAAGCUACAGAAACCAAAUCAAUGGUUGAAUCACUUCAAUGGAAUCCAAAGACACCAAUAUUGUUUUCUCCUUUAUCUAUUUCUACUUCCUUGCCUAUCUUAACGCAUGCAGCCAUCAGACCAUCAUCACCAUCAUCAUUGUCAUCAUUAUCAUCAUCAUCAUCAUCAUCAUCAUCAUCAAGAUCAUCCUUAUCUUCGUUGCCUUCACGAAGCUCUGUAACAAAAGCACUAGUGCGAUCUAAACGCCAUAGCCACAGCAAGAAAAACAACUCUAUACCUUAUUACGCGUGUUGCUUUUCGCCUCUCAGUUUGCCCUCCGAUAUCUUUGUGUAUUUACUGGAGUUCCUUAGUCCAGUGGAUUUAUGGAGACUAUGUCAAGUAUCCCGCGCCAUGCAAAUGGAGGUAGUUGGUUUCAUGAGUAAGGUACAACGACUUAAAUAUGAGGCAGUCAGGAUCCUUCACCAGGAAAAUUCAGAGACAGACCCAGAGCUACAGGCUCAGAGACAGUAUACGUUUUAUGAGCGUAUGACAUUUGGUGCAGCCAGGCGGCCUUCGUCAUCGUCAUUGAGGAUGUCAUUCUCGACGCGAUCUAAAACCCCAGGCAAAGCAUUGACCCGUAGUUCGUAUUGGCUAGCCCAAGCUCGACUCUUGGUUGCGGCCAUCACAGCAGAUACGAAAUAUGAGCCAAAGUCCGAAAGCUCUCCGGCAAAGCAAGAGGUGUGUACCCAAAUAAAUCGGGAGAUGGAAAGAUUUAGUGUCGAGUCACUCUCCUCAUCACCUUCCUCUGGCUCCACGUCAUCCUUCUUGUCGACGUCCCCGGUGAGUCUCUCAGAUAGCACCCAAAGCGACACACAAGAGCCUAGCUCGAUUUCAGGAACAUGGUCAUCAUUCACAGGAUUACAUUCGCCAUCACAAGAGGCGGCGACGUCAGUUGGGGCACAGUCAAGCGCAGCACCUACAAGUUAUCAAGGAGUACACCAUGCGCCAUCCGCUUCUCUAAUUUCACAUCGCUUCUCAGCUGUUGAUAUUCCUUCAUUAAAAGGGGAUCUGGAAACAAUUCCAAUGGACCGAUUCGAGACUAUGGUUGAUUUGAUAUUUGACCCCAACAUUGUGCAGCUUAACCAUCGUCGGGCCAUCAUUAACUGUGCGCGCUACGUCUCUGCUAGUAUUGACGAAACCUUCUCGAAAGCUGUCAAUACUCAAACACCUCAGAACCCAACCUUCCAUACAGCUUUCCUAUCCCAGCAUACUGUUUACACAGGCCCAUAUCUGACCAUAUUCACACCGGUUCUGUACGACGGCGAAGGGCAUGAGCUUUCGCCGACGCAAAGGGCAUUGACAGGCGGUACAAAAUCAUUAACGAUAGCACCACCACGGAGGCUUCACAACUAUUUCCAAAUGAUGUUGUGGUAUCGUUGUCUAAGUGAUCUGAUCUCUCUUUACAAUCGCAUUCAGGACAGGCAUAUCGAUCACGUGCUCAACAGCCAGCAAAGCUCCACUGAUACGAUAGAGGCCGGGAGUUAUCUAACAUCCAAUGCUGUUUGCUGUCAGGAAUCAACAUUGCUCAGGGAGAAUAACUCGCUGCCAUCUGAUUUAAGUGCAGUAUACCCAUUUUGCUGCAAGGCUCACUCCCUAAUCUUUACAACGCAGUACCCCUCCAGUAUUGUAUCGUAUUCUAUCCGCACGCAGCUUCGUCGAAUCGUUCGGAAGGUGCAGGCUGUAUCGCAAAAGGGCUCUUGGAGUAGUGCCUUCAGCGGACUCGUUUUUACUCAAGAUGAGCGCAGUCUCGCCACGACCCCCUCUACUCCACGACGAAGCAUCCAGUACACAGGGCCCACUAAAAAACUGCAUCUCUGUGAUAGGUUGUAUGGGUAUCAACGACAACAGCAAGAACAACAACAAAAUAGAAGGGGUUCAAGGCGAGAAGAGGAAGAGCGAGAGCUGGAGCAAAGGAGAUAUCGGGUUGAAGAGACGGCUCGCCAGGAUAACUUGACCAGGCAAGAGCUCCUGGCUUUAUGUCACAUGGCAUGUGGGCUCUUCUUGGCCAACGAACAAUCCGUUGACGCGCCUCCUACGAUCAUGUCGUUAUUAAGACAGGGUAGCCCAUGGGUCAAAGGCGUUUGGCGAGAUGGGGAGUGGAAGCAUGAUUCAAUUGACUUGCAGCAGCCAGGGAGUAACCAGCAGAAGACAAACUCCAGCAACAGUAACAGCAAUAAUGAUCAAUCCUUCGUGUCGGUGGGAUCGGACAAGGACAUGGGAAAGUGGCAAAAACUUUGUCUUUCAACGAUUCAAUUCUUGGCGCACGAAGAGCUUUCGUGGGGUGGGAAUAGGACUAAUUCUGAGCUGAGCCGGCUUCGCGCCACUAGCAACCCGACCACAUGGGUUUAUCAUGAAUAA